AUGGCGCAGAAGGCAGAGCUCGUCGAUCGAAUCAAAAGCUUGCAGAGAACGGACGAGAAUGCCAAGCAGGCAUGGUGGAGCUACUGCGAAGAACAGCACAACGGAGUCAAGGAUCCGAAUCGGCACGAUGAGUACACCUUGUCGAACUUCCUGUCGAGUUACGAAAGUGGAGGAUGCGGUAAAGGCGGAGGUUACACCCCCAGCAGACCUCAACAGAGGACCCCCACUUCGCGAUUCGCGCCAGCCCCAACAUACCAGUCGCGAAUUCCUGCAGCCGUGCCCCGGCUAACUCCGUCAGCUCGGCCAGUAAUGGCUGCUCCAACUCCAUUGAACCCCAUGGCAGAGGUCGUGAAGGUCGGGCAGAGGACCUCGCCAAACUGGCGAGCUGCGUGGCAGACAUUCUGCGCUGCCUACGGAAACGCCGUCAACGAUCCCACAAAGCAUCCAGAGAACUUUUUGCGGCAAUUCAUUGAUUUCGUUGGCGAGACUGCAUUGCGAGAGCUGGAGCUGAGCGGCGCAGCAGUAGAAGCACCGCCAACUAAAAGGCCGCGAUUUGAAACUCCAGUUGCGGAGUAUGGUGAUGAGCAGAAGGCCGCUCUGGUUGAGAAGAUCAAGGUCAUGCAGAGAUCAGACCCGACUGCUAGAGAAGCAUGGUGGUCGUACUGCGACCUUACGAACAAGGGCAUCCGAGAUCCCAAUCGGCAUCAAACUUCCUCCCUGGAGCAGUUCCUGUCGGAGCAGGGGCAGCUGUGA